AUGCGAUGCCAGAAUACUAAACGAAGAUGUGUCUUUGCGACGCCCAAUAACCAACAGAGGCCGCUUUCUCCCUACACAUACGCACAGACAGACGCACAGACACCAUCGCCAGCCGUGGGAUAUCGGACGACAGACCUGAACAACACUCUCCAAGAUGCCUUCACGGCAACCUCACAUAUCAACAACACGCCUCCAUCGGCCACGCGACCUACAGCAUGGCGGUUAGUGCCAGUCUCACCAUCGCAAUCCUUCAAAACGCCCUACCAAAGCUCAGCGGAGUUUUAUGAGCCCUCGACAUCAAUACCAUUGCCGACCCUCCCAGGGCACGAUACGCUCUGGUCCCAUCCGGCCUUGAACCAUGCGCCAACACCUGCUGUCGCAUCCGCAAUCGCAUCGCCUCCGCGGAGUCCCAAUGGCAUUGGCGACACCCCUGCGCUGCAGUCUCGUCCAACCUCGACGAAGCUGACCACCCACGAUGACUACGGUCUCGGACACGACGUUGGACAAUCACAGAACCCGAACUUGCCCACCGACGAAGAGAUGAACCACUUGUGCCGCUUCUUCAUCGGGAACCUGCUCAUCCAUAUCCCCCUGCUGACCGAAGACGACGUCGGGGAUUAUGGGACCAUGGUGAAGAAGAAGAAACGCUUACUCGCUUGCACCAUGGUCUACGUCGCCGCGAGGUAUGUACCUGGAUGCAAAGCAAUCCGCAGGAUGCUUCUUCCCGACAUUCUCGCCAUUCUGAAGCCCUUGCCACGUUAUUGUGACGAUGACACGCGGUGGACUACUUUACAGGCCUUUGCCGUGCUAUACAACUGGGCUUUACCCCUGGACAUUGUGUCUCAGGAGGAGACCGGCGAGUUCGAUCCCAUCUUGAACUAUGAUACAUUAAGAGUCCCCUUGGACACCCUGGCUCGACAAUGUUCACUACACAAGGCGGCGGAAGAGCUUGCUAUGUUCCAGGAACGAAAUCGCGAUGGCGCGGACAUCCGCCAGACUUUUGCAUUCCGGAAAUAUCUCUUUUCGCUCUGGCUGUUUGGAGUGAGUCAUUUCCGUUCGCUGUUGGCCCGCAGUCCUCCACGUGUGCAACCGGACUCGGCCAUCCGCUCAUGCACGCGUCUUCUCCGAACUUACGCCGGCGACGAUCAAGUCCGCCAUAUCCUCGCACAGGCGGACUUGUGUCUGAUAUGGUCGCAACCUAGCCACAACGAGUGGUGGUGUUCAAUGCCCAAUGGUAUGGAGGUCGAGUCGACCCUGGCCGUGCUCAAGAACAUGGAUGAGUCGCUGGAGACCUGGCGCCGCACAUGGUUUACACCGGAACAGACACGAUCCGACCAGCUCCAUUCUCUGGAGUUCCAAUACUGCUUCUCUCGCUUCUGCGUCAGCGUAUAUGUGAGCAAGCUAUAUCAGUCAUCUACUUCGGCGAGAUCGUCACCCCUCCUCAGUCUCAGCCUGAUCAGCAAAUCGAUCGAGAGGGCUUCUCAGUCCGGUCGGCUUUUCUUGGAUCUACGACCGCUGUCCAAGUCACUGGUGCGGUUUCGGCCCGAAGACACCUUUGGCAUGCUGGCUUUGGGAUGUUCCUACGUGCUGGGUGCGCAUCGACUACUGCGUGAUGUGAAUCUGGUCAACCCUGGCCAUCUCAACGUCGUCCGCUCCCUGGCCGAACUCAUGGUCGAGUUGGGUCUUGAUAGCAAGCAUGUGGCCCGCAUUUACGGAGAGAGCGUACUGGGCUGCCUGGCAUUACAGCUUCAGGCCAUCAAUGCGAACGCACCAGCGUUGAAUCAUUCCCACCUACAGUCACAGUCGCAGCCGCAUCCACAUCCACAACCACAUCCGUCUGGCAUGCAAAGCCCCGAAGCGGACCGGACGACAUCGGCAGGCUCAAAGGCAUGGAUGUCGUUCAACGCGGUCAGCCCAGGUUCAGUGGGGUCUCCUCAGAUGUUCGACUUGGUCGCCGCGGUUGAUGAGGUCUGGCCAUUAUCGCCCGUCAAUCUACAAGACCAACCGCCGGCCGAGCAGCGACCGGUGUGGACGACUGGGGCUGGAGCCACUCCGGCUAGCCAGCACCCUACGAUUGCUGGGGGAAAUGCAACUGGUGGAACUGGACUUGGUCUCAACUACUAUGGCUCGGAGUCUAUGGUCUAUGCCUCAACAACCGAGGGCAUGAGUUAUGCGGCGUGA